AACAUCCGCGCGAUUUCAUUCGACAACUACGGAUAGUAAAGCGCCACAAAUUGUUUUGAUUGUAAUAUAAAUGUAAAACAUUAGACGACUACACUCUAGAGAUGAGGAGGCAAAAUAUUUCAGCAGGAUUUAUUUUCUUUUCAGUUUUGAUUUCACUGAGGGUACGACAAUCCUAUUCAGUGGAGACAUAUAGCUUAAGCUAUAACUAUAAUGAUGAGGUAGCACAAUCAUAUUGUGCCUCGAAGGGGACCGGAUGGGUGUUUGCUAUAAGGAGGGAUUGUGAGAAGGCCCCUAGGUGCAAAGAGAUGUGUAAUAACGUAAAGAAAGAAAUUCUCGAAUCCAUUGGCAAUGCACGAAACAGGCAAAAUGGAUGCGUUACAAGUGUAUCGUGUUUUGAUGCAUUCCAAAUAAAGAAAAGUCAUCCAGUGCUAAAGGUCAACCCUUCUCACCAGCAACCGGAUUCUGGGAAAUUGAAUCUUGGGACAUAUGGUUAUGGUUCUGACGGUUGUACGUGGGGACCUAAUCACUGUGGACCUAACUACUGUUGCUGUAAAGCGUAUUAAAAAGUAGCAAAUGCGUUUGAAAAAUUGAUGAGAACAGAUAUUGCUAUACAUUUACAUGAACGCAUAUACUUUGUUUCAAAAAUGAUAGGGUAACUGUAAUAUGUGACUACGAUUCGUGUGUACAUACCGUGAAAAGAUAUUCAAGAUAUUGCAUUUCUGUGUUUUAACUAUUCGUAGAAUCUGUAACAUCGCUUAUACUAUUAUAGAUGUACCUUUAUUAUACACUUUGUUAAAUAAAUUUACAAGUCAGUGACCAAAAACA